AAGUUAUAAACAUCCAUUGUGAGGUUCGCGAAACUCAGCGCGUGCUAGAAUAUUUUAACUUAAAAAAAAACAACCAACCGUUUCAAAUCAGUGAAUGCAUGCAGUAAAAACAAUAAAGCAAAUUAAAGGAAACUCCGAACGUUUUAUAUACAUUCAUUGCCGUCUAUGUCAAAAUUUCGAGUGUAAACAAAAAUAAUGUAUUCCUAUAAAUCCAUUGCGUUUACUUUGGCGAAACCCAAUCCUGCAACAACAACGUUGGCUGUGGCGAUUGCAAUCCGAUUAAAAACAACAUUUGCAAAUCAGCAAACACCAAUAGCGAUUGGAGCGGAAGCAGCGGGAUCUCAAGCUAACAAAGUUGAGGAAUAUCAAACUACAAAAAUUGGAAGUAACUCAAACGGGCUCUGCGCUACAGCAGCCUCUGUGAACCGAGUACGUUCCUAUCGUGAAGUUCCCGGCCCUCGGGGUAUCCCUAUCAUUGGCAAUUCCUGGCGUUUUGCCCCUUUCAUAGGACAUUAUAAAAUAAGCGAAUUAGAUAAAGUAAUGAAAGAAUUGCAUACAAACUAUGGCAAAAUCGCUAAAAUUGGAGGCUUGAUAGGGCAUCCAGACUUAUUGUUUAUAUUUGAUGGUGAUGAAAUACGAAAGAUUUUUAAAAAAGAAGAAACAAUGCCACACAGGCCUUCAAUGCCCUGUUUAAAACAUUAUAAAGGGCAAUUAAGGAAAGAUUUUUUCGGCGAUGUUGCCGGUUUAAUUGGUGUGCACGGUAAAAAGUGGGAACUAUUUCGUCAGGAAGUACAACAGAUUUUGUUACAACCUCAAAUAGUUAAAAAAUAUGUCUCACCUUUAAAUGAUAUUGCAACAGAAUUCAUGGCAAGAAUACAUGAAAUGCGUGAUGAAAAUCAAGAGUUGCCAGCCAAUUUUUUACACGAAUUGUAUAAGUGGGCUCUGGAGUCCGUGGGUUUCAUUGCUCUUGACACCCGCUUAGGCUGUUUAACACCUACCGGAAGUGAGGAUUCCCAGAAAAUAAUUGAUUCCAUUAGUACGUUCUUCUGGGCUGUACCUGAGUUGGAGUUGCGUAUGCCCUUGUGGCGUUUUUACGCUACCAAAACUUACAAAAGUUUUAUACAGGCUUUAGAUGAUUUUACUGAGAUAUCUAUGAAAAACAUAGACCGAACUAUGAACUCUGCCGCUAAUCUUAACAAGAAUAGAAUAGAAGCGAAUAUUAGUAUAAUAGAACGCCUAGUGCAUAAAACAGGCAAUCGCAAAUUGGCGGCCGUGCUGGCUUUAGAUUUAUUUUUAGUGGGCGUAGACACGACCUCAGUAGCUGCUGCAUCUACCAUAUAUCAAUUAGCAAGAAAUCCCUUAAAACAAGAAAAACUUUACAAAGAACUUAAAACUGUAUUUCCCCAAAAUGAAGCGGAAAUUAAUCAAUACGCCCUUCAAUUGCUACCAUAUCUAAAAGCAUGUGUGAAAGAAACGUUAAGAAUGUAUCCUGUAGUCAUUGCCAAUGGACGCAGCUUGCAAUCAGAUGCUGUCAUUAAUAAUUAUUGUAUACCUAAAGGGACACAUAUUAUAUUUCCUCAUUUGGUGGUAUCCAACGAUCCCGGCUACUUUCGUGAACCUAGGCAAUUUUCGCCAGAACGCUGGUUUAAACCUAAUGAAAAAAAUACUGGGAACCAAUGUCGCCAAUAUUAUAAUGGGCCAAAAAUUCAUCCCUUUGUAAGUCUGCCGUUUGGUUUUGGACGGCGGAUGUGUGUUGGCCGUCGUUUUGCCGAAAUUGAAUUGUACACGUUGUUGGCAAAGAUAUUUCGCAAAUAUAAAGUGGAAUAUAAUUAUGGUGAUUUGAUUUAUGAAAUGAAUUCGACCUAUAUACCGAGGCCCCCACUAAAUUUCAAAUUAAUUUUAAGAAGUUCGAAAUAGAUUCUAAAGAAUAGAAACUGUUCAUAUUAAUUCAUAAUAAAUACAUAUGUGUAAAGAUUGUGGAUUUUAAUUACAUAUUUUCGGCUGUCUAUGCAUGAUGCACAGUGAAA